AUGCUAGCUCAAACCAGCCUCCAACUAGUAAAAGAAUUAAAACGCUCCCAACAAAGCAAAUUACCUCCUUAUGGUGAAGAUAAAAUCCGAUUAUGCUUGGAAGAAAUGCGAGUAUUAUAUGAUGCAAAUCAUCGUGAUGUAGCCCUUGUAUCUAACUCGUCGUCUGGGCCAUCAUCAUCGUUAUAUGAAACAGAUGAUCAUAGUAAUAAAAUUCAAUCUGUUUUAGUCAGACAUGCUAUUUUGGAACGUAAUAAACGUUGUCUUCUUGCCUAUCACCAUGCUAGAUUAAUGCGGAUCAAAGAACUACGGUGGGAAUAUGGUAUCAUUUUACCUAAAGAUAUCCGUGAUAGUUUAUCGGAAGCGGAACAAGCAUGGUUUAAACACUAUUGUAGUUGUUUGGCAAACUUCAUGCAAGCUGAUGGAUCGGAACGUGGGGGCGGUGGAAUGCUAGAUUUAACACAAUAUCGUACACCACCAAAAUCAUUAUUUCUAGAAGUCCGUUGUCUUCAAGAUUUUGGCGAAUUCGAAACAGAGGAUGGCAGUAUUUUACAUUUAACAAAAGAGUAUACCUUUCCAGCUACCUACCAUACCAAACUUUUCAGGUCAAGAAGAAAAUACGACGAACUACUGGGGCAGAAUCCGAUAGGUCCACACUUUCCUAUUUUAUCAAUUUGUGAAACAGCAUUAUCUUGAUGCAUUACAUGUACCUAACCACCGUAUACCUCAGGAGGCGAUAAUGUACGGUGGAUGAGUAGGCUAUCAGAAAACUAGAAUAACCUAAACCAGAACGUGCCAUUAAUCCAUGGAGUCAUUGACAGCUGAAAUAAGUUAAUGUAAAGUGCAGAUCAAUUAGUCAGGAUCCAUACGAUAAUUGAAACUAGUGAUUGACUGUCCGAUGACAUGGUACAAAUGUAUUCACUCUCAUAAGAAGAAGUUUUUCUUUGAAAUUAGACCUUUACAUUAUUAUUUGUUUAACAAAAAAAGAAAGAAAUGAGAAUAAAAUACAAGAUUAUAAGAAUACAAUGAUAAAAGGGA